UGAAGCGCUUAUUAACGCUUCGGAAGUAUUAAUAUAUCUCUUCUGACUGCAGAAUAAUUGGUGCCUUAUCGUUAUUUAUUAUAUCCUACAUAAAUGUGCGUAAAAAAAUCGAAGACUCCCUAUUUAUAUUAAACAAAUGAAAGAUGAACGCUUUAAAUUCAUAGGCGCCGGAUGUAAUUGAAAAGGGGGGAGGGAUUGGCCGGGACAGAAUUUUGGGUCAAAGUUUAAUAUAGUCAUAUAAAGGAGAAGUCUUUAAAAACCUUUUCCCCAGAAAUUGCAAAUCAAAAAAUUAAUAUGGAAGAAUCUUCAGGUAGUGUAAAAAUUUUUACCUCUUCGGGUUGGAUAAUAGAAAGUUCUCAAAAUAUUCUAAAAGAAUAUACAAUCUCCCAUGCAGAGUUCAUGUCGUUCGUUCCUCUCUUAGACAUGUAUCAGCCGAUGGUAGAAAGAAAAAAAAGGUAGAAAAAAGUAUUUGAUAGGUGAUGACGAAGAGAAGGGUCAUAGCCAUGCUGGUAAGCAACGUGGCGCCUUGCGACCGUUUCACUUACUAUUCGCAAAUCGUAAACUAGCUGCAGAUCUGUAACGUUAUGGAUUUAUAUAUUGGUAUAGCACUUGAAGUGAAUUUUCAGCAAUCUAACAAAUAAUUUUAAUCAAGCGAGUUUAUCACUUGUAGAGACGAUUAUAAAGGUUUGGGAGAUGGAUAAAAAAUAUAUAUUAGUUUAAUAAUGUGCCUAGAAUUAGAGAGAGAAAGGUAUUUAAUUAACCGAUGCUGGAAAUUGGAGAUAUUCUCCCAAAAAGUGCGCAAAAAAUAUUGCUCCGUAAAUUGCACCUUUUUGCAUUACGGGAUCUGUAGCGUUAUGGUUAAAGACAAAUAUAUAAAACCAUAAUGCUACAGAUCUGCAGAUAAUCGUAAACGUAGUAUUACCUUUAUCUAACGUAUACCGUAUACGAGCUUUUCACAAAACAUGUCGUAGACACAGCACUUACGAUUCAAGCGUUAGGAACAGAUGGAGGUAAAUUCGAAACAAAGCAAAGGAACGUAGAAUAAUCGUGGUAUAGAGGACAGUAUUAAUCUAUUGGUGGAUCUGCUGACCGAGCGAAGGGCCAUUAUUCGAGAGAAAUUCUGCCUGUCUCUCACCAUUCAUUCUAAACAGAGAGCGUGGCUGGAAAUUACAGAAAGAGUCCAAUAUUCUUGCUCCUACUGUAUCAGGAAUGUCAAAGACAUGAAAAAGAAUGGCAGGACAUACAGAGCCACACAAAGAAGAAGACAGCCAACAGAAUAUUUCAAGUUUAGACAACAGAGAAAAUACAGGGAUACAGCAAAGUCAACAGAGAAAACUGCAGGGAUACAGGGAUAUUGCAACCAGGAACGGAAAAAUGACAACUAUAGUCUCAUUUGUCGUUUUACAUCUAUUGAUUGGUAGUAGAGAACUGUUUGCAUUCGAGAGCAUUUCUUCUAAGAAACUGAAAUGGAAAGUUGCCAAGAAUUUCUGCGCAAAACAGAAUUCAAUGUUAACCGAUCCUGAAGUCACAACCAGCACUGAGGAAUACUGGACAGGAGCUUAUUACGCCCCAUCUCACUGGAUCCAUAUCAUUGGCUGUUUUGAGGAUAGCUCUGUAAAAACCGUAACUAAUCGUAGUUCUGUAAUGAAGAACAAUCCGAACAUUGGGCUUUGUCAGUUGAAAUGUUACCCGUUGGAGGCAUUUGCAGUGAAGUCCAAUAGAUGUGUUUGUUUGAAUGAUUUACCUCCAAAGGAAGAUUCUAGCUCAUCUAAAAAUUGCACAUUUCAAUGCAAUGACACGAAUAAAGACGUGUACCUACGAGACUGUGGAGGUGUUUCACAUUACAACGUCUACAAGACAACAAGAACGACAGAAAAAUACAAAAGCAAAUGUCAGGCGAUAAAGUGUGCCCAAAACAAAGAUGAAAAAAUUAAACCUGCUGUAUGCGAAAGAGACUUCAAAAAGACUUGUACGGAGACGACUGCAUCGUAUAGUGGAACUUUAACAGAAACAGGAUGGAAGUAUUCUUUACAAUCCUGUAAAGAAAAAGGGGAGUAUUUACUGGGAAACAUAAGUAUCAACGAUGCAUCAGCCGCAUGUAAGAUCAUCAAUAAUACGCGGCUUGAUUCCACCUGGGUCGGGAUUCUUAGACAACCAGUGCUUGUUAGCGGUGAAGCUGAAUUUGAAGGUAUUUUAGAGGAAAAUGUUCUUCAGUGUCGGAUCUGUUCGAAUGGACGAUGUGAGUUUACUAAAGACUGCAACAAAAAGGCUUUUGCUGUAUGUAAACAGAAUCCAGAAGAAGUAUCCACGACCGAGUUUAGUACACAAACAGCAACAGAAGGUUACACGGAGUCCGAGAGGUCGGAUUUGAACAGUACAAACAUCACAUCAAAGAAUUCAGAAGAAGUAUCCAUGACCGAGGAUAGUACACAAACAGCAACUGAUAGUUACACAGAGUCUGAAAGGUCGGAUUUGAACAGUACAAACAUCACAUCUAACCAAUCAGGAGAGAGUUUUUUGGAAUCACCAGAACCGUUAACAUGGAUCGCCGCCCAGAAAUUCUGUAGUGACCGGCAGGAAUCUCUGAUCCCGGGGACAAAGGAGGAUUUCCCCUCCCCACACUGGACAGGAUAUUAUCACCGACUCUCUGACUGGAUACACGUUCUGGGCUGUUAUGGUGCCCAGACCGUGGAAGAUUUUGGGAUCCUGUCAAACUACACCCUGGACAGAGGUUCAGUGGGGCUCUGUCAAGAAAGGUGUGGAUCCAGCAGCUUCGCUCUUCAGAAUACCACGUGUCUUUGCCUAAGGGAAACUCCCCAGAUUAAUAGUCUCUCUCCCUCACAAUGUGAUUAUAAUUGUUCAUCUGACGAUGAUAGUCACGUGAAUGACUGCGGAGGAAGUAACACCUACAACGUCUACAGCGCUACCCCAAGUCAAACACUUUCUAGUGAGAGAACAGUAAACUGUGUUGUGCUUGGAUGUUAUGAGCAGUAUGCACAGAUCCACACCAACAACUGUACCGAGGACUUGGGUCGAGUCUGCGAAUCUGAGGCAAGUACCAAUAAGACGAUUGCCCCAGACGAAGAAAAUUUUAAAUCAUGGAAUCAGACCUACACUGAAUGUAGGGAGAAGGAAAGCUACCUUUACGGAAACAUCAGCCUCAAUGAAAACCCCAGGGCAAUGUGCAAUAAGUUAUACAACAUCAAAAGCAACACCCCGGAAACCUGGCUAGGAGUGGCUAGACAGGUCUUCCAGACCAAAGAUAGAGGACAACAGCUGAGUGAGCAAGUUGUGAUAGACUGCAGCAUUUGUCAAGGAUCGGCGGGUUGUUCCUAUGUAGAGAACUGUAAUAGCGAUUCAGUGAAAGCAACUGCAAUUUGUGGCAAUGAGGACGACCUGCUACCACCCACACAAGGCACAGGAGAAACAUCCACGAUAACCAGCACUUCAAGAGCAAUUACUGCUGCACCUGCACCCAAAACUGGGAUCGGUGACGAUGCAAAGCAAGCCAUUGCUAUUACAGUAUCUCUCGUGGUUGUGGUGACGGUAUUGGUAAUUAUAGGAGUUGUCUGCAUCCGAAAACGAAGACAAAAGUCUGGUAAACCAGAUGAAGUCCCCGGGGAGAAGUUCGAAAAGAACAUUGCAAUCGGCAGUGAACGGGACAAAGUGCAUGUAUCAGUAGACUCGUACAAGAAAGAAAACAUAAAGAGUAAAACAAGUGUCCCCGAAUCUCCAACUCCUAUAUCGACACAGAAAGACACACCUAGUGAAAAACCACGUGUGUCGACACAGAAUGACACACAAAGAGAAAAUCCACCUGUAUCGAAACAGAGAGACACAGGAAACGAAACAAGCAAAUGGAAAGACAAGAAGCAGUUGAAGGAAUCAGAAGUAGUGGCUGGAACUUCCUCCAUUGGUAAUACAGACGAAGCAGAACCAGUACAGACCGAUGGUCUCCUCCAAAAGCCUACCACUGAGAUAGAUAAAGAAAAGAAACUGUACGAUAAUUACUUGCAAAUAAAUACAGAAAAUAAACUAGACAAUAAUCCAAACAAUAAAGAAAGUCCAGAGGACAAGAGUAAAAUUAUGAAAGUGGAAAAUGCACCUUAUUAUACAGAUAUCCUCCCAGAAAAUAAGGCCAAAGAUUCUGAAGAGAUUCCAACAACAGAUAUCAAGUCGACCGAAACUAAAGAGGCUUCAAAAACAGCACCUGAAAGUACAAAAGAAAUGGAAAUAAAUGUGCCACACGUUGAUAAGUCAAAGACAAGCCAAUCAAAAGAUGGUGAGGUCAAACUGCCGGUUGCUAACGCAACGGCAAACAACAUACCAGUGCCAACUACAAUUAGUGGGAAUUCAGUGAACAAGAAAAAUGUCUCCAUUAUUCAAGUUUCCAAAUUUUGAAAGAUUUAUUUCGUGUAAAAGAGAAAAAUACAGAACUUUAUACAAGUUUCAAGUACUUUAUAUAAAGAAUUGAUUUCUUAA